AUGGAACGUUGUUCUUAUGGUUUUUACACCAAAAGGUCUGAAAUCCUAGAUAAUAUAAAGAAAAAAGAACAAGAAAAGGAUCAGCCACAAAGUCCUAAUUUUCAACAGCAGCAAUUGACAAAGACAGACAAACAAUUACACAGUUCGGAAGCGCAGAAUGUCAAUGUUCCGGUGACACAGCAUGUUCCUACUCAGAUUCUGUCACCAUCACAUGGCUCAGGCCCAGCCGUCCAAUCAAAAGAAGACUCCAAAGAUAAGACAAUAAAGGUUGCUAAUUCCACUACAAUAACUUUGAUUGAAAACGGCAAUCACAACAGUGAAAAAGAUAAAGACAAUAAUUAUCCUAAAAAUUAUUUUACAUUAGAGCCCAAAAAUGACAAGAAAGAUGAAUGUAACAAAAAUAGUAUCACAAUAACUAGAACUGUGCCAAAACAAUCUCCAGGGAGUGGGCAAGUUGAUAAAUCUAAAGGUCAGUCAAAAUCUACUAAGAGACCACUUCAAUGCUUAGAGACCCUUGCAGAGAAAGCUGGUAUCACAUUUGAGGAUAAAUACGAAGCGGCAAACACACUUUUAGCAUUAGACAAACAAAAUAAUACAUACAGAAGACCUGAACUAAAACAGCCUAAAACAGAACCAGAAAGUCAGCCUCAAGCUGAAGAGUAUCGUUACAGAAACCAAAAAGAUGAAGAUGAUAAGUUACAGAUACAACAGCAGAUAAUUCAUCAGCAGCAGCAACAACAGCAACAGCAACAGUUGCAGCAGCUACAACAACAACAACAGUUGCAGCAGUUGCAGCAACAACAGCUGCAACAGCUGCAACAACAAGCGCUGCAGCGACAGCAUCACGCCAUCCAGCAGCACAUUAAAAACCAACAGGAUCAAGAAUUGUUACAGAAACAGUAUCAACAACAACAGCAGCAGCAACAGCAGCAGCAACAGCAACAGCAGCAGCAACAGCAGCAGCAACAACAACAGCAACAACAACAUCAGCAGCAACAACAGCAGCAGCAACAACAACAACAGCAACAGAAAACUGAGUUACAGCAACAGCAAGUUGCUCAACAACAAGAGUUAGCUCAACAGAAGUUUCUACAGGUGCUUACUUUACAUUUACGUCUUCUAAAUCAGCAUGUAGAAUCGAGGGGCGGUUAA